CAAAAUGCUUCGACUUGGUUUCGUCCUGUUUAUGAUCGUUUUCGUUAGUCAUUGUUCAUCACUUAGUUUGAAUCAUGGCACACUUAUAGAGAGAUUGAAAAGAUCGCCAUAUUACUGUGAUCCAGCGCCAGCUCCGCCUCCACCACCGCCACCUCAUCGACCUUAUUGGCCACCACCACCGCCACCACCUCCACCACCACCACCACCUGUACCGCGACUAUACUGGCCACCUCCGCCACCACCACCGCCACCACCGUUCCGACAUCAUCACCACCACCGUCACUACGAACCGAGUGGUCCAGAAGGACCAAGACCCUCGUACCAACAAUACACCGACGGACAAAAUGAAUCCCCUAAAGAACCUUGUGAUACUUGUGAAGGAAAAAAUUCAGCGGUCAGCAAUGCAAAAAGUGUUAGCGGAGACGCUAUAGCCAUCUCAAUUUCAAGAACAAAAGCAUAAAUAGCACUUUUGUCAAGGGACAUGAAACAUGUUUCGAAAAGUUAUAUAAUAUGCAAUUUCAAAUAAAA